AUGAAGUGGACCGCGACUCUCGCGAUAACGUUGGGUGCUCUGCGGCAGGCAUCAGCCACCAACUCGACGUCCUGCACGCCGCGUCUCAUGAGCUACUGGAUCAACGCCAACGCCUCGAUCGCGAUCGUGGAGCCCGUCGACGAGGGCGGCAGCUUCAGGGAGGAGGGCAACAUCGCCUUCCCCAACAACGUCACAAACCUCCCCAGCCUCUGCGCCGUCACCUUCAACGCCAAGACCUCCGACGGGCACGAGUACAAGUUCGGCCUCUUCCUGCCGGACGAGUGGAACAACAACAUCCUCACCGUCGGCAACGACGGCUUCUCGGGCGGCAUCAACUGGCCCGCCGUGGCAGCCGCGUCGAAACACGGCUUCGCCGCCAUCGCGACCGACGGCGGGCACAGCUCCACGGCCAACAAUCUUACCUGGGCCCUGGGCAACGCAACCGAACAGGCUCUCUUUGGGCACACGGCCCUGCACGGCUCGCUGCUGCUGGCCCAAAGAGUCAUCGAGGAAUACUACGGCCUGCCGCCCCAGGUGUCGUACUUCUCGGGCACGUCCGAAGGCGGGCGCCAGGGCCUCAAGGCCGUCGAGCUGUACCCCCGCGACUACUCGGCCCUGCUGAUCGGCGCGCCGGCCUGGUGGCCGAGCCACCUGCAGAGCUGGCGCAUCUCCCGCGGCGCGUCCAACCUGCCCGCCGACGACGCCAAGCACAUCUCGGCGGCCAACUUCACCGUCAUCGAAGACAACGUCCGCAAGCAGUGCGACGCCACCGACGGCGUCGCCGACGGCAUCGUCAGCAACCCGGGCAACUGCACCGUGGACUUCGCCCUCUUCACCUGCGGCCAGGCCGGCGCCGACGCGCAGGCCUGCCUGACGGCCGAGCAGGUGACGGUCGCCAAGGGCGUCUACGCCUACUACAACGUCAGCGACGAGCUCAUCUUCCCGGGCGUCUACCCCGGGUCCGAGUCCGAGUGGGGCGCGCUCCUGGGCGAGGAGCCCAACGAGGUGGCCGUCGAGUACAUGAGGAACUUCGUCUUCAACGACACCGAGUGGGAGUGGUCGAGCUACAACGACACGGUCCCGGGGAUCGCCAGCGCCGCCAACCCGGGCGGCCUCGACGUCCAGGGCUUCAACCUGACGGGGUUCGCGGCCCUGGGCGGCAAGAUCAUCAUGUACCACGGCCUCGCCGACGCGCACGUCCCCGCGACGGCGUCCCGCAUCUUCUUCGACAAGGUCGUCCAGGCGUCCGGCGGCGACAUCGAGGCCGUCCGCGGCUGGUUCCGCCUCUUCUUCCUGCCCGGCGUCGGCCACACCAACACGACCGUCGACGCGCCGUGGUACAUCGGCGGGCCGGGCCAGGCGGAGCAGCUCGUCGGCAACGGCACGGCGCCGUCCAACGCGACGUACGACGCCCUGAGCGCCCUGCAGCUGUGGUACACGGCUGGCACGGCGCCCGAGUCCAUCAUCGCCUCGACGUGGGCCAACUCGACCGAUCCCUCCACCGAGGUGCUGAGGCAGCGCCCUAUCUGCCCGUACCCGGCGACGCAGACGUAUCUCGGGUCGGGCAACGAGACGAAGCCCGAGAGCUUCACGUGUUAG